GCUGGUUGUAGGUUAUGUUUGAAAAUUGUUUUCGUUCAUCAACGACUAAUCUUGUUCGAUUAAGUAAUGUUAUGCUUUUUUUCUCCAUUAAGAUUGAAUUAGAUAUCUUUUAAAUAUUCCGAUGGUGAUGGAAUUAGUUUUUAAUGAAGAAGAUCUUCCUUAUGAGGAAGAGAUUCUGCGUAACCCUUUCUCAGUGAAACAUUGGCUCAGGUACAUUGACCACAAAAAGGAUGCUCCAAAAAAUGGAGUAAAUAUUAUCUAUGAGAGAGCUCUCAAGGAACUGCCCGGAAGCUACAAACUAUGGUACAACUAUUUGAAGCUUCGUAGAAGACAAGUCAAAGGCCGGACCAUUCUCGAUCCUGCUUAUGAAGAUGUGAACAAUGCAUUUGAAAGAUCGUUGGUCUUCAUGCAUAAGAUGCCUAGGAUUUGGUUUGAUUACUGUCAGUUUCUGAGCGACCAGUGCCGAGUGACGAGGACACGCCACCUGUUCGACAGGGCGCUGAGGGCUCUGCCCAUCACCCAGCACCACCGCAUAUGGCCGCUCUACCUCUCAUUCAUCAGGAAACACGACAUACCUGAGACAGCUGUCAGGGUGUUCCGCCGAUAUCUCAAGUUGUGUCCUGAGGAUACAGAAGACUACAUCGAGUAUCUUACAUCAGUUGACAGACUGGACGAAGCAGCUGUCAAGUUGGCCUACAUUGUUAACAAGGAGGACUUUGUCUCCAAGCAUGGCAAAUCCAAUCAUCAGUUAUGGAAUGAACUGUGUGAACUAAUAUCGAAAAAUCCGGACAAAGUCAGGUCAUUAAACGUGGAUGCCAUCAUCAGAGGAGGUCUGCGGAGGUACACUGAUCAACUGGGUCAUCUGUGGAACUCGCUGGCCGACUACUACAUAAGGAGUGGACUCUUCGAAAGAGCUCGUGACAUCUACGAGGAAGCAAUUCAAACGGUGACUACUGUACGAGACUUCACGCAGGUCUUUGAUGCGUACGCGCAAUUCGAAGAACUAAGUUUGAGCAAAAGAAUGGAAGAAGCAGCCAAAGCAUCAAACAGUACUGAAGAAGACGAAGUCGAUUUAGAACUGCGACUGGCUAGAUUUGAAAAUCUAAUAGAAAGAAGACUCCUACUAUUGAAUUCAGUGCUGUUGAGGCAGAAUCCUCAUAACGUCCACGAAUGGCUCAAACGAGUCAAAUUGUAUGAGGGAAAACCUCAUGAGAUAAUCAACACGUACGUGGAGGCGGUGCAGACGGUGGAGCCGAAGCUGGCUGUGGGCAAGCUGCACACACUGUGGAUCGCAUUCGCCAAGUUCUACGAGGACAACGGCCAGAUCGAGGAUGCGCGAGUCGUCAUGGAGAAGGCCACUCAAGUGCCCUACACCAAGGUCGACGACCUCGCCUCGGUCUGGUGCGAGUGGGCCGAGAUGGAGAUCAGACACGAGAACUACGAUGGCUCGCUGAAAAUCCUACAGCGGGCUUCAGUGAUGCCGUCGAGGAAAGUGGCCUAUCAUGACGAAACCGAAACAGUUCAGAUGAGAGUUUACAAGUCACUCAAACUGUGGUCCAUGUAUGCUGAUCUCGAAGAAAGCUUUGGCACCUUCAAGUCCUGCAAAUCCGUUUAUGACAGAAUAAUCGAUUUGAAGAUAGCGACGCCUCAAAUUAUAAUAAAUUAUGGACUAUUUCUAGAAGAACAUAAAUACUUUGAAGAAGCAUUCAGGGCAUAUGAAAAAGGAAUCGCUUUGUUCAAGUGGCCGAAUGUCUACGAUGUUUGGAAUACUUACCUAACAAAGUUUUUAGAUCGAUAUGGAGGUACCAAACUGGAGAGGUCCAGAGAUUUAUUUGAACAGUGUCUUGAAAAUUGUCCACCGAAAUUCGCUAAAGCCCUAUACCUGCUGUAUGCGAAACUGGAGGAAGAGCACGGGUUGGCGCGUCACGCAAUGGCCGUGUACGAGCGAGCCACGUCGGCUGUGCUGCCCGAGGAGAUGUUCGACCUGUUCAACAUCUACAUCAAGAAGGCGGCCGAGAUCUACGGCGUGCCCAAGACGCGCCAGAUCUACGAGAAGGCGAUCGAAGUGCUCAAUGAGGACAACACGCGCGAGAUGUGUUUGCGCUUCGCCGAAAUGGAAACCAAGCUCGGCGAAAUCGACAGAGCACGCGCCAUCUAUGGCCACUGCAGCCAGAUUUGCGAUCCUAGAGUUACAAGCGAAUUCUGGCAAACAUGGAAAGAGUUUGAAGUUCGUCAUGGAAAUGAGGAUACAAUGAGAGAAAUGCUGCGAAUAAAACGAAGUGUACAGGCCACUUAUAAUACUCAGGUGAACAUGAUGUCGGCGCAGAUGCUAUCGGCGGCCAGCAAUGUGUCGGGCACUGUUGCCGAUUUGGCGCCCGGAGCCAAGGACGGAAUGCGCAUGCUCGAGGCCAAGGCCGCUGAAAUGGCAUUCGAGGAGAGAUCCGCUACUGCUCCUGCUGCAGCUCAAGUGAAGGGAGGAAACAUUCUGUUUGUGAGGGGAGAAACGCAAGGACAAGACCGCGACGGAACGGACACCACCCGAGUCGUCAAUCCUGAUGAAAUCAACAUUGAUGAUGAUGAUGACGUUGAUGAUGAUGACGCUGCCUCUGAUGACGAACAAGAAGAAGAAGAGAUGCCAGUUGAGAAGCAGUCCAUUCCCUCAGAAGUUUUUGGUAGUUUGAAGAGAAAAAAAGAUGAUGAUUCCGAUUGAGCUACAUUCUGUCAUUACAGUAGUGACGAUAUCCUUCUAUCCUACAACAAGUGGCCAAUAAAUUUCAUAUUUUUUA